AUACCACGACUCUCUAAACUUGAUGUAGUUGUUGUCAAUAUUCAUUUCAAUCGGAAAGACUCAGUAUUUUCAAAGGUCUCUCUCUUUCAUUGUCCCUUUCUUUAGUUUGUCCAUUAACAAGGUCACUUGGGACUCUUCUAAGAAGAGAAGGGAAGGGAAAAGUGACAGCUUCCCGUCAUUUCCAAUUCACAUGGCUUGCAAAAUCUUGGAUUCCGUGUUCCUUUGCUUGGGUCCUUGCCAAAGGCCAAUUAGGAGUCAAAGAAUUGCUACAUUCUUCAACAGCAAGUAUCUGUCAUUUGAAGUGGGAAAGCUUUCUCCUCAACGGAAUUAAUCAUCGAAAGGGUAUGAUUACCUUAAGAAGGAAUAAAGUCAUACAAGCUGUGGCUGUUCCAGUAAAACCAUAUUCAGUAGACAGCGCUGAGAACAGAAAACAGUUAGCAGAAGAAUAUGGAUUCAGGCAAGUUGCAGAACCACUUCUUGAUAAUGUUACAUUAAAGGAUGUGAUAGACACCCUUCCAAAAAAGGUGUUUGAGAUUGAUGAUGUGAAAGCUUGGACUUCAGUUCUGAUAUAUGCCACUUCCUGUGCAUUGGGAAUCUUCAUGAUUUCAAAAGCCUCAUGGUAUCUACUUCCUUUGGUUUGGGCAUGGACAGGAACAACAGUAACUGGGUUUUUUGUUAUAGGCCAUGAUUGUGCUCACAAAUCAUUUUCGAAAAACAAAUUAGUGGAAGACAUUGUGGGAACACUGACCUUUCUACCACUAAUAUACCCAUACGAGCCAUGGCGGUUUAAGCAUGACAAGCAUUAUGAAAAGACAAACAUGCUACAAGAAGAUACAGCUUGGCAUCCUGUUUGGAAAGAAGAGUUUGAGGGUUCUCCUUUUCUGCGCAAAGCAAUUAUGUUCAGUUUCGGUCCAUUUCGGCCUUGGAUGUCCAUAGCUCACUGGUUGAAAUGUCACUUUGAUGUGAACAAGUUCAGACCAAAUGAAGUCAAAAGAGUGAAGAUGAGUUUGGCUUGCGUUUUUGCAUUUAUGGCAGUUGGAUGGCCAUUGAUCAUCUACAAGACGGAGAUUAUGGGAUGGAUCAAGUUUUGGAUCAUGCCAUGGUUAGGCUAUCACUUUUGGAUGAGUAUUUUCACAAUGGUGCAUCACACUGCUCCUCGUAUACCAUUCAAAUAUUCAGAUGAAUAUGCAUCGCAGGCUCAGCUGACUGGAACAGUGCAUUGCGAUUAUCCUCAUUGGAUUGAGAUCCUCUGCCUUGAUAUCAGUGUCCACAUUCCGCAUCAUGUUUCUUCAAGGAUACCGAGUUAUAAUCUACGAGCAGCACAUAGGUCGAUUCAAGAAAAUUAGGGACCGUAUCUGAAUGAGGCUACAUGGAAUUGGCGAUUGAUGAAGACGAUAAUGACAGUGUGCCAUGUUUACAACAAGGAGCAAAAUUACAUCGGUUUCGAUGAACUUGUACCCGAAGAAACUUCUGCAAUUACAUUUCUGAAAAGAGUAAUGCCUGAUUAUGCUUAGAUAUUCUUUUUCAACACUUUGGGGUCCAUUGACUCUUAGGUUCUUCGUUAUCUGUAGCAAUUUAUAGUAGUUGAUGGGUUUCUCUCU